AUUCUCCUACGUUUUAUAUACUUGUUAACGUUUUGUGUACACAGACAACGGGAGAACGUGGAAACAGAUAUAAAAGACUUUUUUUCAUUGAUCUGCGAAGAAAGUAAGAGAAAGACUGAUGUAAACAAACAACGUUAAGUAUGCAAUUUUAUGAUCGAGUUUUUUGUUAUCAUCAUAGUAUAAAACGACAACAAUCCUAGAAGCUGUCAGAAACUUCAUAAUCACUGAUCUCUUCACAGGUAUACACAUGGCUUCUCUAGAGUUUACAGUGCGAAGGUGCCAACCUCAGCUGGUGUCUCCUGCUAUUCCCACCCCUCACGAAGUUAAGCUACUUUCCGACAUUGAUGAUCAAGAGGGUCUGCGUUUCCACGUUCCAUGGAUACAAAUUUAUCGAAUGCAAGCAUCAAUGGCAGAGAAAGACCCAGUUCAAGUGAUUCGACAAGCACUGUCACAAACACUUGUCUUCUAUUACCCAUUUGCGGGUAGGCUUAGAGAGGGGCCUCACCGCAAAUUGAUGGUGGAUUGCACCGGAGAAGGUGUCAUGUUCAUCGAGGCUCAUGCUGACGUCACACUUGAUGAGUUCGGUGAUUCUCUCCACCCUCCAUUCCCAUGCUUCCAUGAACUUCUAUACCAUGUUCCUGGUUCACAACAAGUUACCAACACUCCCAUUCUACUCGUACAGGUGACACGCCUUAGGUGCGGUGGUUUCAUCUUGGCCUUCUCCUUCAACCACACCAUCUGUGAUGGAGCUGGUCUUUCACAAUUCAUGAGCACGUGGGCUGAAAUGGCUCGUGGUGCAACCAAACCUUCCAUUCCACCGGUUUGGCGUAGGGAGCUUCUAAUGGCAAGAGACCCACCUCGCAUCACAUGCAACCAUCGCGAAUACGAGCAUGUCCCAGACACAGUCAAAGGAACCGUCACAUCAAACGAACAUGACAUGGUUCUUCGGUCGUUCUUCUUUGGACCUUCCCAAAUAGCCGCUAUUCGUGGCUUGGUUCCACCCCACCUUCAGCACUGUUCCACGUUUGAUCUCAUCACAGCAUGUUUGUGGCGCUGUCGCACAAAAGCGUUGGAGAUAGAGGCAGAAGAGGAGGUUCGCAUGAUGGUGAUAGUGAACGCACGUGCAAAGUUCAAUCCUCCUUUACCCGUUGGUUACUACGGCAAUGCUUUUGCGUACCCUGCAGCAGUUGCAACUGCAGGGAAGCUUUGUGAGAAUCCAAUUGGGUACGCAGUGGAGUUGAUAAAGAAAGCGAAAGGCGAGGUGACAGAAGAGUACGUGCAUUCGGUGGCAGAUUUGAUGGUGAUUAAGGAUGGGUGCACAUUUACGCCCAUAAGAUCUUGUCUUAUUUCGGAUUUGAGUCGUGGGAGGUUCAGGGAAGUGGAUUUUGGGUGGGGUGAGGGUGUGUAUGGAGGAGUGGCUGAAGGUGGGGCUGGGAGGUUUGUUGGAGCAACGUAUCAGGUGUUGCAUAAGAAUGGAAGGGGAGAAGAAGGCAUAGUCUUACCAAUUUGGUUGCCUGCUGAAGCUAUGGAUAGGUUUGCAGAUGAGUUGGAUCACAUGUUUGGGAACCAAAACCAAACUACAAUAACUACUCUUUAUUUCCCGAGGUCUACCUUAUAGUUUAAUAAUUUGUUGCAUAUCUCCACUGCAUGCAUUAGGCCAUAAGUUUAUUUAUCUUAUUCUUAGUUUUCUUUUACUAUACACUAAUUUUUAUAUGUAAAAUUUGAACUAACCGUAAA